AUGGCGCCCGCGCCCGCUUCGGUCUCGCCCGCGCGCGGGAAGCGACGGCUGGUGGGAUUGGACGUCCUGCGUGGCAUCACCAUGGCCGUGAUGCUCAUCGUGGACACCUUGGGUGACCUCUAUCCCAGCAUUGGACAUGCACCCUGGGACGGCUUACACUUGGCAGACUUGGUGAUGCCGUACUUCUUGCUGAUCUCGGGGAUCAGCUUCCACAUCAGCCUCUCCCCAACGAUCCAACCGUGGACGGUGCUCCGGCGAAACGCCUUCCGUGCGCUGCGGCUCUUCCUCUUGGGCCUGGCCGUGCAGGGGAGCAUCUUCCAUGUGACGCCUGCUGGGCCGCUCUUGGUCUUGAACUUAGGAAGUUUGGAGGGUUUAUGCUCAGCAGCCAUUUUGCUGGCUGACCAGCAAGAUUGGCAGGUGGCUGCUGCUCAGAACCGUUUCCUUGCUGCGCACGAACCUGCCAAUCCUACUGUAAUCUUGCUGGUCAGCCGGCAAGCAGCUGCUGAGCAGCAACCUGCCAAUCUGGGUGGUUCGGGUUCCAUUCCAGGCACUGUGCGCAUCAUGGGAAUUUUACAGCGGAUCGCCAUUGUGUUCCUCUUCGUCUCCUUAAUCGAUCUCUUUGUUCCCGCACGUGGUUCUCGCGAUGGCGACGGUGAUGCGUUUGAAGCGUUGCUGCCAGAAGAACAGGGCAUCGGUUUGUGGCUGCUUUGGCGCACCGUGCUCAGGUGGAUCCUGGUGCUGUUGCUGGUGCUUCUGGGAACGUGUCUCACCUAUGGUGCUCCACCGUCCAGUUGGCCUGGCUGCGCUUCAACCUUGUACUCCUCCUCUGACGUCGUCAGCUUGCAUGACAUGGGCUGCAGCAGAGCCGGCUGGCUGGAUUCCAUACUCCUGGGCGUCCAACACGUCUACGUCCAGGGCACGUCCAUAGGACCCAAGGGCGCGCCCAACUUUGGUUUUGAUCCAGAGGGUUUGGUCACAACGCUGAGCGCCACGUUCCCCAUGUUCGUGGGGGCUCAUCUGGGGCGAUCUGGACGAGUCCUGCAACGAUUCUUCGCGCAUUGGCUACUGCUUGGCACCACGUUCACUGCGAUCGGCUGCUGGAUGACACAAUGGAUUCCGUUUAACAAGCGCUUAUGGUCGCCAUCAUACAACCUUUGUACAGCGGGCACAGGUAUUUUCCUGUAUGCGGCCUUAUUCUUCCUUUGCGACCGAGAGCCCUCCUCUCCAUUAUGGCGGAAAAUGACCAUCAUAGGCACUACGGCCUUGAAGCCUUUUCAAUGGCUGGGUGCCAACUGUAUCUUGUUUUUCGUGCUCUCCGAGUGUUGCGGAGUCCUCAGCUGGGCGUUGCAGUCAGUGAGGGGUGAAGAACAGAACAUCGUCCGCUGGUUUCGCGACCAUUUCCUGUGGCACACUUGUCGACUCGGACACCACUGCCCCAGCCCAGUUGGCAACGUUCAGAACGCCUGCGCACCAGUGGAAGUAGCAUUCACGCUGAUCGGUUUGCUCUUUUGGAUUUUGGUGCUCUUGCGAUGGUGCAGCGCUCUCGGAUGGAAUUUCCACCGAUGUCAUUGGAACGACAAGUACCUGCGGGCGCAGCCGGUUCGUGUGGCAGCGCCCGAGGAUGGGCGAAACUGGCGAAUCGGUGAAGAGAAAAAGCCUGGGUAUGUGUGGAAGCUCUACAGCGCUGUGCCCACCAUCCCGGGCCCCGAAGCGCGGUCGGCGCACCAGGCCUUUGGUGCGGACGGAUACCUCUACGUCUUCGGAGGAGAAUGGUCCAGCCGGGAUCAGAAACGCUAUCGCUCCUUGGAGGGAGGGCUUGAGCUGCGGGCUAAGCUGCGAGCCGAAGUAGUGGGAGGUCAAUUCCGAGAUCUUUGGCGCUUUGAGUGCUCGGGCGCUCCGGGCACGCGCUGGGAGCAGUUGGAGGCCCAUGGCAGCGUGCCAGACAGUCGCUCUGGGCACCGGAUGGCGACGGCCGGGUCCUAUGCAGUGCUCUUUGGUGGCUUCUCCGAGGACAAGAAGCGCCGAGCGACGUACUGGGACGAUUUCUAUGCCUUGCAUCUACCCAGCCACACUUGGAGACUCUUGCCCGUCUCCUCUGAUCGUCGAGCUCGCCCCAUCUCACGCGCCGGAGGGCUGCUGUUUGCCGCGGCCAGCCAGGUCUUUCUCUAUGGCGGUUCCCGGCCGACGCGGAAGGGUGGCGAUUCCUUGCAGAUCUUGGAGGACCUUUGGUGUGCGCGGCUGGGCAGCGAUGGUGGAGCUUUGUGGGAGCAGCUUGCGGUUCAAGGGGAGGGCCCAGGCAAGCGCAGUGGGCUUUGUCAGUGCGCCCUGCAGUCACAGGAGCCGCUGCGGCGCCUGGUCUUCGGCGGUGUGGCAGACCAUCGAGUCGCGUCCAACUGGUCGGAUGGCACCAAACGCGCAGCGGACGUGGCGGUGUUUCAUCAAGAUCUGUUCCUUCUGGACUGCACCGGGACUCCACGCUGGACGUGCAUUUGGCCACGGCCCGGUUCACAGCUACCGGCCUCUCCACAGGCCUCCGUGCUUCCGGAGGAACUCUUGGCGCGCGGCGGCGGCGCCGACGCAGCCUGCUUAGCGUUGGCCAUCCACCAAGGCGGAGCGUUGGCCAUCGGUCAGUGCGGUGGGGUGCGAGGCGAGUGA